AUGCCGGGGUCGGACCGACACCAUGGGACCAAGAGGAAGCUGGAUUCUAGUAGCGGUGUUUUACACCAGACCCAGGGCCCAACUCAUACCUCUGCUGGAGACAUGACGAGCAAAGACGGUAAGGUGCAGUUAAAAUAUUCAAUGUCUUCAACUUCGAAACGCAAGCGGCAUAAAUCAACCAAACAUAAUCGGGAAUCCACGGUGGCCCCGGGACCCAACGAUUAUACCCUCGGCGAUACGGCGCCUCCUGGUGUCAAUACGGUGAAGCCUCUGGUGGAAUACGAUGAUAUCAGCUCCGACUCGGACACUUUCUCGGACCCUCCGUCCUCAAGGCCCUCCGAGAAGGGGGGCGGGGACCGACUGGACCCCUCGCCACACUACGACAGGGACGACAUCGACAGAGAAGCCGAGAGUAGAGAGAACAGGGGGCACAGACACUCCCGGAAAAAGUCGAAGGACCCCAACAAAGUUAGAGACUCCGGCAACGGCGAGCUGGGGUACAAGAAAAAGAGCAGCAAGGACCGGGAGAAAGGCAUCUCCGCGAAGAGCAAGGAGAAGGCCACUUCGUUGAGCUCCUCAUCCAAACGCCAGCCGCAGCCGGAGGCCGACAGCAGGCGCGGGGAGUUGAUGCUGUCGCCCCAGCUGCACCCCGCAGCCAGCGUCGGGAGCACCACCUCCUCCACGUCCUCCACCCGCAGCAAGGAGAGCAGCCGCUCAGGGAAGUCCCGCAAAGACCGGCAACAGCGUCGCGAGGGCCGCGGGGAGGGGAGCCGCAGCACCUCCCAGCGGAGCCGGACCGACAAGACUCACCGCAAGUCCUCCAAGAGCCAUAAGUCGAGCCCAAAGGGCAAGUCCGCGGUCAGAGGCAGCCCGCGAAGGAAGGGCACCAGCUCCGCCUUGUCCCCCAGCCCCAGGAGAGGGGCCGGCAGCGAGAGCCCUCCGGGCAGCGGCUAUGGGCAGCCGGCGGCGGACGACGGCUACUCCCGGCGGAGGGUGGCCCAGCAGAGCCCCAGCCCCUACAGGGAGACGUCCCGCCGCAGCAGGCAGAGGUCGGACAGCCCGUACGGCAGCAGACACAGGUCCUCCAGCUUCGAGAGGGACAGCAGCCCCUAUUCCCGGAGGCGCUCCAUCAGCCCCUACGGGACUCGCAGGUCCUCCAGCACCAGCCCCAUGUCCCGGCGUUCGGGCCGCUCCAGAAGUCGCACCCCUCUGCACUACUCUUCAUCUUGCCGGUCCUCUUCUCGAUCCCGUAGUAAGAGGCAUACCUCCUCUAGUGGUGCGGGGGGGAGUUCCCACAGCGCUCGGCCAGCUAGCCGCUCCCCUCCCUCCCGGCUGCCCCUCAACUCCAGCCUGGGCGCAGAGCUCAGUCGCAGGAAGAAGGAGCGGCAGGCUGCCGAGGCGGCCGCUCGAGCCAAUGCCACCGGCGGAGCAUCCCCUCUUCCAGCCGCUCGCAAAGGGGCGAGCGCCACGUCCUCGCGGCCGGCUAAAGCCGAGGCCCCACCGCUGGAAAAAGACUCCACAGCAGCUGUAGAAACUCAGCCUCCCACAGCUGCACAGCUUCUCCCCGAAGCGCCCAACGCUGAAGAUCAAGUUAGAGCACCUCCGCCUUCAUGCUCUUCCACCUCGCCUGCACCACCCCCCCCUGAGCCCUCCCCCCCAGGGGCAGCCAACCCAGCCAUGCAGAUGCCACCGCUGCCUCCUCCUCAGGCAGAAGCAACCACUCAGCCUUCAGCUCAUCCCACUUCCCAGGCCAGAUCGCCAGCUCUGCUCCCGGUGCGCAGCCCCGUCCGCCAGACGCCACUCCACAAGACAUCCACUCUGCCCCCCCUGCCUUUACCUCCCGCACUGCUGGGAAAUGCUCAGGACAGUCCAAAGAAGUCCACCCCUCCUCAGAGGCCAUCAACCAAGGAGAAAAAAGGCUGUAACCGGCCCUCUCUCAUCGACCUUCCCCUCCCACCCACCCUCCCUGGAGCCGACUCCUCGCCCCCGCAGUCCCCAGUUCGCCAGCCUCCCCCGAUGACUCAACCAACCCUAAAGAAGAGACCAAAGAUUUGUUGCCCACGCUACGGCGAGCGCAAACAUAACCUGAGUGACUGGGGCAAACGCUGUGUCGACAAGUUCGACAUAAUCGGCAUCAUAGGGGAAGGCACCUACGGCCAGGUGUACAAGGCCAAGGACAAAGACACCGGUGAACUGGUUGCCUUGAAAAAAGUGCGUUUAGACAAUGAAAAGGAGGGUUUCCCCAUCACAGCCAUCAGAGAGAUCAAGAUCUUACGGCAGUUAAAGCACCGCAGCGUGGUCAACAUGAAGGAGAUUGUCACCGACAAGCAGGAUGCGCUUGACUUUAAAAAGGACAAAGGCGCUUUUUACUUGGUGUUUGAAUACAUGGACCACGACCUGAUGGGCCUGCUCGAGUCGGGCCUGGUCCAGUUCUCCCAUGAGCACGUCCGGAGCUUCAUGCGCCAGCUGAUGGAGGGUCUGGACUACUGCCAUAAGAACAACUUCCUGCACAGGGACAUCAAAUGCUCCAACAUACUGCUAAACAACAGAGGUCAGAUCAAACUGGCCGACUUUGGUUUGGCUCGACUUUACAAUUCAGAGGAGAGUCGGCCAUACACCAACAAAGUAAUCACACUGUGGUACCGCCCCCCUGAACUUCUCCUGGGGGAGGAGAGGUAUUCCCCAGCCAUUGACGUUUGGAGUUGUGGGUGCAUUCUUGGAGAACUCUUCACCAAGAAGCCCAUUUUCCAAGCAAACCAGGAGCUUCUCCAGCUCGAGCUUAUCAGCCGUCUGUGUGGGAGUCCCUGUCCAGCCGCGUGGCCGGAUGUCAUUAAGCUUCCUCUCUUCAACACCAUGAAACCCAAGAAGCAGUACAGGCGGCGUCUUCGAGAGGAGUUUGCCUUCCUGCCCUCUCCCGCGCUGGACCUGCUGGACCGAAUGCUGACCCUGGACCCCGCGCGGCGCUGCACCUCGGAGCAGGCUCUCUUCAGCGACUUCCUGUGCGACAUAGAGCCCAGCAAGAUGCCCCCCCCAGAUCUCCCCCACCAUCAGGACUGCCACGAGCUGUGGAGUAAAAAGAGAAGGCGCGCCCGUCAGAGCGGGCAGCCCGAGGAUGUGCCUGGUUCCAAAGUGCCCCGCAAAGAUGCCACCGGGACGUCGAGCAGAGAGAACAGUCGACCCCAGAACAGCCCGGCCGGAGCCCCCCCGCCCCCACCUGGAAAACCGCCCUCCACCGCCACCCUAGAGAGCGAGUUGCCAGGCCUGGGAGCAGCAGCAGAGCAGCUGAAUCAAACCGAGCUGGCUGUGCUGCUGAACCUCCUCCAGGGACAGACGGACCUCAGCCUCCCGCAGGUGGCCCAGGUCCUUAACCUCUCCAAUCCAGAGACUCUCAGCCAGUUGUUGUCCACCCUGAGCGAGGCCUCUGACCACCAGGGGGCGCCAGAGGACCAGGCCCAGCCCGCCGCCCCGUCCCAGCCUCCUGAGCCGCCUCCCGAACCCCAGGAGCCCUCACCCACAUCUGGAGACCCGCAGCUCAGCCAAGAAGACCAGACCAGUCUGCUGGCUCUCAUUUUGGGGCAGAUCAUUAAACCCCAAACAGAGGAGCAGGGCGAUGAGAGCAACGGCGUUCAUUCAGAAGAUGCCCGUUCAUCCACUUCUACUACUGAUUGCAAGGAUGGUGGCAUUUCAAAACGGAGACCAGCUGCGACCAGCCAGGCGCCUCCGUGCGGCGAGCAGCGCCCCCCCUCUCCGCCGGGGCCGCCCCCUCCUGCGGGGGGCUCCCGGCAGCCCGGGUCAGAGGCCCGGGCCGGCCAGGACAUCAGCCCCGCCGUGGCGGCCGCCCUGCUGCAGCUCAUCUCUCAGCAAGAGCCGGGGGCCGGGGCCGGGGCCGGGGCCUCGGGGCCGGGCGGGGGCCCCUCCCCGGACGCCACGGCUCCAGGACGGCCUCCCGCACCCUGGGCCGCCGCCUCUCCUCCCAAACCCGCGGCCGAGGCGCCGGCGGCGCCGGCUGCUGCUGCUGCGGCCUCCACUCCAGCACAGUUCCCAAAGGACCAGGACCUCCGCUUUGCCCACGGAGCCGCCCGCUGA